AUGGCGCCCAAUCCCACAACCUCGGUGCGACAACCCCUCAAAUUGUUGAUGCUCCACGGAUACACCCAGUCCGGCACCUUUUUCCAUGCCAAAAGUCGCGCCUUGAUAAAACACAUCCAAAAGGCCUUCCCUCUCUAUGAUGUCUCAGCCAUCUACCUAACAGCUCCUAUCCGCCUCCGGCCUGUCGAUAUCCCCGGCCAGGAGGCCUCCUUAGAAGGCACCCCGAUCGAUGAAAUUGAAUCCUUCGGCUGGUGGCGGCGGCCUGCUACCGUGGAACAGCCGCUGUACACGGGCAUUGAAGAGGGAUUUGCGGCUGUAGCGCGCACACUGAAAGAAGAAGGCCCCUUCGAUGGCGUAAUUGGGUUCUCCCAAGGCGCCGCAUUGGCCGCAAUGGUCACAGCGCUGCUGGAGCCCGCGCGGAAACGGUCCUUCGAGCACUUUUCUAAAAUGAGCGUUGAUGGGGCGGCGGGAAUAGCGAUUCCUGCGCCGUUCGGCGACGAAUUCCUGCACCCCCAGCUGAAGUUUGCAGUUUGCUACUCUGGGUUCAGGGCACCGGGGGCUCGGUACCGGGGUUUCUACGAGGAGCCGGCUAUCCAGACACCUGUGUUGCAUGUGCUUGGGUCCUUGGAUGCUGUUGUUGAAGAGGCGCAGAGUCGAGCUUUGAUCGAGGCUUGUGCUGGUGAGCCUGAGCAAGAUGGGUUGGUUGUUUGGCACCCUGGUGGUCACUUUUUGCCGAGUCAGCGGCCUUAUCUUGAUGCUGCUGUGCGGUUCAUUAGGGAAAACAUGGAGAAAAGUGAUGGAUCAAAUGGUAAAGGGGAGGAGAUGGAAGAGGAUGUGAAUGAUAUGGAUAUGCCGUUUUAG